AUGCCAGCGGUAGAAGCAGUGCAACCAGAAUCUUGCCCUAACCACUCAAUUUGGUUUGAGUUUGACCAAGAAGUGGUUAGGCAAACGCCGGACAACCCAACAGCGGCGGGGAUCGUAGAACUCGAUAAAUACCUACAGGAGCCGCUUUUAAAGCGUACAGAAGACCCCUUAAAAUGGUGGCAUGCUCGAAGGAACAUAUAUCCUCUAUUAUUUCAUUAUGUUUUGAAAAGACACAAUCUCGUAGCUACGUCAGUUCCUUGCGAGAGAAUAUUUUCGAAAGCGGGAUAUACGCUGAAUGAUCGUAGAAGACGAUUGACGCCAAAAAAAGUGUCGCAACUCCUAUUCAUAAGUUGCAACUCUGAUAUUUGA